AAAAAAAAAAAAAGACUUUAGAACUUUCCUACAAGCUUGGCCCAUCCUAUUUUCCCUAAAACGCUACCUACUGUCUAAUCGCUUUCUUUCUCUUUUUUCUCUCCUCCCUUCUCUCUCUCUCUCCUAUCUUCUCUCUAUCCAAUUGCCCAUCAUUCAGUCAUCGAACUAUCCAAAUACAUACUCUCACCCGCAGACUUUUGUGGGCAUGAGUCAGCUGAACCAACCGACACAGAUCGGACAGAACGUUUCGCCUCAAGGAGGACGAAGAAUGACGAUAGAUGAACGAAUACAGAAACACGAAGACCUUGGACUGGAUGAAGAUGACAGUGACGACGGAGACUCAAAACCCGAAAAGCGUACGGGACGUCGCAAGAUCAAGAUUGAGUUCAUUGAAGACAAAUCAAGGAGACACAUUACAUUCUCGAAACGAAAAGCUGGUAUUAUGAAGAAGGCAUAUGAACUGUCCACUCUGACAGGAACUCAGGUGCUGCUUUUGGUAGUAUCCGAAACAGGACUUGUCUAUACGUUUACAACGCCAAAACUGCAGCCACUAGUAACUAAACCUGAAGGAAAGAACUUGAUUCAGUCGUGCUUAAAUGCUCCAGACGUCCCUUCCGCUUCUGCAGAACCCCCUUCACCACAACCAAGAUCGUCUGCUUCUCAAGCCGCACCACCAUCGGCAUCUUAUAGUGAAACGACCGCGCAAGUGGAUAAUUCAGGUGACGGUUUGUACAGAGAUGACCGUAAGAUACAUAACCCGAAUAAUGCCGCUUAUCAAAUGAACAUGUCGUAUGGCCAAUAUCCUCCCAUGCCGCCAAACUACAUGACAACACCACAGUAUACGCAGUAUCAACAGUCUCAACCAAAUGAUAGUCAAAUGUAUCCACCAAGUCAGAGUCAGCAACAACAGUACAACAUUGGCCCAAGCCAAUAUUGGAAUUCACAAGGCGCCCCAGGCAAAGGCAGUGAAAAGAAAUAGGGCUGAACACGCGUUUUUAUUCUCAUUAUCCCCUCUCUGCCCCUGCCAGACUGUUACAUAUUUUUUCUGGCCGCAAGUAUUUUAGCCCCACCUUAUCUAUAUCACUCUCACACGUUUAC